AUGUCGCGCGUUUUCGAUCCGAUUUCCAAAGUAUGGCGUCGUCGUAAGGUUUGGAACACUUCACGCGUGAAAAAGAGCGUUGGCGAAGUCGUUUACCAAUCGUUGAUGGAAAAUUUGUCGACUGUGUGCCAAAUUAGCGACGAUUCCGGCGAAAUUUACACGAACGAACGAAUGUUGAAGGCAGCUGUGAGUUUCGCGCGCGGGUUGACUUGCAAGGGAAUUAAUGUCGGCGAUAAAGUUAUCGUUUUGAUGCAUAAUUAUCACUAUUUGCUCCCGUGUUGGCUUGGAUGUAUCUUAGCUGGAGUCAUUUUAUGCCCGUUUCACUUUUUAAAUACUUCUAUUAAAGAGGAGCUUUGUGAGUUAAUUGCUCUUAUAGAACCAAAAGCAAUGUUCACAUCGUAUUUGGAAGCAAUCGAAAUGUUUCAAGAGAUAUUUGAACAACUAAAUAUCCGAUGCCCGAUAUACGUAUAUGAGAACAAAAUCGAUGGUUGUCACGAUAUGAAGCCAUUUUUCGAGGAACAUGUUGCGGGUUUUCAUGAAUUUCGCCCAAAAUCUACUGUGGAUCCAGAUCGUGAUCUAAUGGUAAUAAUUUUAUCGUCAUCUACUACAGGAAAACCUAAAUUGAUCAAUGGAACACAUUCACAACUAUUGGAUUUGAGUGUUGGUUCAUUUUCAAAACUCACAUUUGCGAGUACAAUGCAACCUGGAUGGCAUUCUGAGUUCAUUCUUGCUUUUAUAUUGUUAAUUCAAGGAUGUCCUCGAGUAAUUCGAGCUCACUAUACAAUCGAUGAUUUUUUGCUGAUGUUAGAAAGGCACAAAGUUCAGUUCAUUUACAUCAAACCAAAGGAUAUUUUUCAAAUGAUCAAGAGUCGUACGAUAAAAACGGUGAAUUUAGAAGCUUUAAAACGCGUUGCAAGCACAGGAGAGCAUAUGAGUAUCAAAAUGGCACAAGAUUUGCAGAAAUAUAUUCCAAAAGCGACAAUUUUAUCAUGUUACGGGAUCUCAGAUGUAGGCGGAGGCUUAACAGAUUGCAGCGAUAUGAAAGCCUUCGUUCAUCAGUUGGUAGGAAAAAUUCGUCGAGGCUUUGAAUUUAUCGUAAUUGACGACAAUGGAAAACGAUUGGGACCCAAAACUAUCGGCGAGCUUUGUUGUCGAUCGAUGACAUUGCCAUUUCCGGGUUAUUACAAGAACGAGAAACUUACGAGACAAAGUCUCACAAAAGAUGGUUUCUUCGCGACGGGAGAUUUGGCCUAUUUAGACAUCGAUGGUAACGUUUUUCUGAUCGAACGAAAGAAAUUUAACAUCCCAUACAGAGGAAAAUUGCUGAAUCAAGGCAACGUUGAACGGAUCAUUCUCGAAAAUGUCGAAGGAAUCUCCGCCGUUUGUGUUGUCGAUGUUGAAAGUGAUCAACAUGGCGUUAUGCCGUACAUUGCAAUCGUUCCAGAUAUUGGAGUGACGUUGAAAAAAGAUGAAAUUGUGCAAACAGUUAUGAAAUAUCAUCCAUUCACGUUCGAGACAAAAGUUUUUUUCUUCGAAAGUCUUCCAAUGACAAUUUCAUCAAAAUUUCGGAAACAUAUCAUACGUGAAAUGAUCAUGAAGAAACUGUACAAGUCUUCAGAAUAA